AUGGCUUCGAAAGACACCACACAGCCGACCCAGGCAAUAGUAGCCCACCCACUAGCCACAGAGAACGACACCCCAGGCGCAAACUGGCAAUUCGAAAACAUCCUCGUCCCAACCAAACCCAAAGACGGCGAACUCCUAAUCUCCAUGCUCGCCUCCGGCAUCUGCCACUCGGACCUCACCCUCACCAGCGGCGGCCACUUCAAACUCCCACGCGUAGCCGGCCACGAGGGGGCAGGAUACAUCAAAGCACUGGGCCCGAACCUCACGAACAAGAAUCUGAAGGAACGAGAUCCGGUCUUGCUUAGUUUUAGAUACUGUGGGCAAUGCGUGAAUUGCAAGAAAGGUCUACCGAGUUCGUGUGAUGCGUUCGUUAUGAAUCUUGUUGGUCAGGACGAUGCUUUCGUGUCUGAGAAUGGGAAGGAGGGGAUCAAUGGAUCUUUUUUUGGGCAGAGCAGUUUCGCGGGGUUGAGUGUUGUGCAGGAGAGUUGUGUGAUACCUGCUAAGGAUCUGAUUGAGAAUGAAGAGGAGUUGAAAUUGUUCUCGCCGUUGGGCUGUGGGUAUCAGACUGGGGCGGGAGCUGUGUUGAAUAUUGCUAAGCCGGGGAAGGAACAGAGUAUUAUGGUGGCGGGUCUGGGUGGGGUGGGAUUAGCUGCGAUUAUGGCUGCGAAAAUCGCCGGCUGCCACGAAAUCAUCGGCAUCGACCGCAUAGCUUCUCGCGUUAAACUAUGCGAAGAAGUAGGCGCAACAAAAGGCAUCGAUACCAGCGCCUCCGCAGACCUUACCAAGACACUAAAGGAACCUGCGAACGGUGGACGUGGACCAGACUUCUUCAUCGAUACCACCGGCGCCCCAGCAGUCCUAGAAGCGGCUUACCAUGCCCUCGCACCACGGGGCACGUUGAUCUUCAUAGGCGCUUCUAUGGAUCCGAAGGCGGGAUGGUCGGUAGAUUAUCGGGUUGUGAUGAAGGAUGCUAAGAAGCUGGUGGGUUGUGUGGAGGGAGAUAGUAAUCCAGUGAAGUUCAUCCCGCAGUUGGUCAAGUACUAUCGUGAGGGUCGGUUUCCCAUUGAUAAGUUGACGAAGUACUACAAGGCUGCCGAUUUCAAGACAGCGCUGCACGACAUGCAUGCUGGAGAUGCUGUCAAGGUCGUGCUUGAGUGGUAG